AUGUAGUACAAGAAAGCAUAAUAACAUUUGUCAAUUAUCUCCACCUGCAGUUCGAGUUUGUUUCUGUUUCUAUUUAUCUUUACCCAUUGGUGUGUGUGAUUUAGAUGGUUGUAGCUAUAGCUAGUAAGCCAGUUGUAGGCUGUUUGUGAAACAUUUUAAUUUGUUUGUAAAAUGCUCUAAUUAUGGAAUCAGACAAACGAAAUCAAGCAAAUAUCGGCACCACAAAACUGAGAUCGCCUAUUGUUCGUGAGGGUAAUUGGUUAUUUUAGGCUUAAUUUAGUUAGGCUAAUUUUAUUAGGGAGUUUUUAGCGAGAUCUGGCAACACUGUUUUGCGCGUAUUACCAUCCGACCUGCCCUGUCAAGGAGGGGGGACGUUUCGUAUCGUCUUAGUAAUGGCGGACACAUGUGGCCAAGUCCUCCUUGGGUCUGGAUUAACAGUCCUUUCCCACCCUCUUAUGUACAUCAAGGUUUUAGUUCAGGUAGGACAUGAACCACUUCCUCCUACUCUAGGAAGAAAUAUGUUUGGUCGACAGGUGUACCAGCUUCCAGGGCUUUUUGCAUACGCCAAACACAUCAUCAAGAUCGAUGGGAAAUCAGGCCUGUUUAAGGGUCUCACCCCAAGGCUUUUUGCUGGGACCGUUGGCACCAUUGUUCACAGUAGAGUCUUGCAGAAAUGCCAGGAGGAAAAAAUUGAGAUGGUGGGAAGCAGUCAGAAAGCAGAGGAUGGUUCUCUGCAACAUGUAGUAAAUGAGACCACUAAAGAGAUGAUUGCACGCUCAUGUGCUACAAUUGUCACACACCCUUUUCAUGUGAUCACACUCAGAUGCAUGGUCCAGUUUAUUGGAAGAGAAGUCAAAUACAGUGGUGUCUUUGACUCCAUAGUUACCAUCUACAGAGAAGACGGAAUUCUGGGUUUUUUUGCUGGCCUCAUUCCUCGUCUACUGGGUGAUGUUCUUUCUCUGUGGAUCUGCAACAUGCUUGCUCACCUCAUAAACACACAUGCUAUAGACGACUCGACGAGUCAUACAGGAGAGAUUAAAAACUGCUCUCAAGCUGUGACAGGGUUUUUUGCAAGUAUGCUGACGUAUCCAUUUGUAUUGGUGUCCAACCUGAUGGCAGUAAAUAACUGUGGGCUGGCUGGAGGUCUGCCACCUUAUGCUGCCGUUUAUCCCAACUGGCUCCACUGCUGGAGUCACCUGAGCCGAGAGGGAAACAUGAGCAGAGGCAACAGUCUGUUCUUCAGAAAGCUGCCUGCAGGGAAGAUGUAUGCCAUUGAGCAGAAGAGAUUUUUUUGAAUGGGAAGCUAUCAGCAUAGUCUAAAAUUAUAAUGAUAUAACUGAGCUGGCCCACAAAGUUGGACUCCUAAUUCUUCAUAUGCACUUGUUUAAGAUGACAAACUUUUUUUGAUAAUCAGUCCGCAUCAGCCUCCAGGAUUAUUACUGUUAAUUUUAUCAGUACAUUGUUUUCACUACAUUAUGAUUUGAUUUGAAAUCAUGAAACAUAAAGAGCUUUAUUUUAAUAACCAGGGAUUUGUAUACAUAACCAAGUUAAACAAACCGCAGUAUAAUUUCAGUGGAGCACUCGAGGGCGCUCUAGACCAUCUGUGCCUGAAUCCAGUACAGGCCCCUUACAUCUGUUUUUGUGCUUGACCAUAAUGCUUGUCAGUAAAACAGUAAUAACACA